GGAGCAUCUCCUAUGGGCUGUGCGGGACUGGGAUGCGGUGUCAGGCGGACCCACGGCCCGCGGGAGGAGGAGGAGGAGAGGAUGAAGAGGAGGAGGAGGAGGUGUGUGUGUGUGAGGAGCAGGAGGCAGUGUGCGGCAGUGAUGGAGCAACAUACAUGAACAUGUGUCAAUUCAGAGAGGUGGCGUUCUCCAAACCAGAGCUCCAGGUCAGAGGAAGGGGACCCUGCAAGACAGUGCCCAUCAUCAAGGUUCCUCCUCAGAGCCAGGUGAAUGGGACAGGCAGCAGUCUGGCAUUUCUCUGCGAGGUCUUUGCAUUCCCCAUGGCCCUGGUGGAGUGGAGGAAGGAGGGACGAGACGCCAUCCUGCCCGGAGACGACCCCCACAUCUCUGUGCAGUCUCGUGGUGGGCCGCUGAAAUUUGAGCUCUCCAGUUGGCUCCAGAUUGAGGGGGCAGAGCCAGAGGACUCAGGAACCUAUCGCUGCAUAGCUCAUAACACCCUGGGAUCUGUCUCAGCCUCUGCUGUACUGGGAGUACUGGGAACAGAGGAGCUGUCGUCCUACCUGGCCAACAGCGUCUCUGAGAUGGAGCAGCUGAUGGAGGCUACAGACUACAACCACGACUUCUACUGAUACCUCUCUCCCAUCGCUGUCACUGUGGACACAGUCAACUCACCUUCACUGUCAUCAUAUCACACCGCACCCCGGUGCUGGACCACUCAGACUCUAGCAGCCAUUUUGUUGCAAUGAGUUGGUGUUUGACCAGAGACUCUUCGGAUUCUCCUUCAGGCCAGUUUGGUAAAUAAUGAUGUCCUGUUCAGCGACGUUACAGGCGUUACUGACAGUCGGUCCGACCUCACCGUGCACUGCCGUCACUCCCUCAGUCACACUUUGUCGUGCCUGUUUUUGUAUGUGGUGAUGGUUUGAUCCUGACAGAAGCAGCGGGAGGCGGAGCUAGAGGGGGUGAUGCGACCAUCUUUAACAGCAGGCCUAUGUUUUAUAUGUUAUUAU